AUGACGACUGUUCCAAGUGGCUAUUUCUUCAGGCCUACAGAUAAACAACUUCUCGAAGACUAUCUCAGGAGGAAGUCUGAGGGCGAAUCCCUGCCCUGUGACGUCGUUAUCGAGCGUGAGAUGUACAGGGCCGGCAACAAAGCCCCGUGGCAGAUUUUUACCGACGAUGAUCCAUGGGAGAUAUGCAAAACCGUGGACAAAAAGACAGAUAAGUUGAAGACAGAAGGUACCAUUUAUGUCUUCACGACCUUGAUCAAGGCCAGUGAGAAUAGCGACAGGAUUGCUAGAACAGCCGGUUGUGGCUCAUGGCACGGAGAGACCGCUCUUGAGCCAGUAUUGGACAAGAAAGGUUGUGUGAUGGGCAACAAGAGGAUGCUCUGCUUUCAGAUUACAGACGAGAGCCUGAAGGAAUGCCACUAG